AAGUUGAUUUAGUGAGACAAGAAGAGAGUGUGUGUGGUUCUAUUUCAGUGCCACUGUCCUCGGAAAUCAUCUCUUAAUGCCAAACCAAACCACGUUUCAUUGAUUGAACCCAACGAAGACGACGAGACUCCUCUCUCUCUCUCUUUCUCUCUUCAAUUCAACACUCCUUCUUUAUUAUUAAUCCUAAUCCCAUUUACUUAUAAAUCCUCAUUUUCAUCGCAUCUUAUCGAUUCAUUCAUUUCUCUCUCUCUCUUUGCUGUCUUCUGCUUUCUUCAUUUCCUUUUUGGUUGUUUUUGUCGGAGUGAGCGGGCAUGGCUAUUGCAGCGGCUGCUGUCGUGGUUCCAUUGGGCCUGCUCUUCUUCGUCUCCGGUCUCAUCGUUAAUCUCAUUCAGGCAACAUGCUAUGUACUUGUAAGGCCACUGUCAAAGAAUUUGUACAGAAGGAUCAACCGGGUGGUAGCAGAACUGUUGUGGCUUGAACUUGUUUGGCUUAUUGAUUGGUGGGCUGGAGUUAAGAUCCAAAUAUUCACGGAUCGCGAAACUUUUCGUUUAAUGGGUAAAGAACAUGCACUUGUCAUAUCCAAUCACAGAAGUGAUAUUGAUUGGCUUGUUGGAUGGGUUUUAGCUCAGCGUUCAGGUUCCCUUGGAAGUACUUUAGCAGUGAUGAAGAAAUCAUCAAAGUUUCUGCCGGUAAUUGGCUGGUCAAUGUGGUUUUCUGAGUAUCUUUUCCUGGAGAGAAGUUGGGCCAAGGAUGAAAACACGUUGAAAUCAGGCAUACAGCGGUUGAGUGAUUUCCCUCUUCCUUUUUGGUUGGCUCUCUUUGUAGAAGGAACGCGUUUUACACAGGUCAAAUUAUUAGCUGCUCAGGAAUAUGCAACCUCCACUGGAUUGCCUGUUCCUAGAAAUGUUUUGAUUCCUAGAACUAAGGGGUUUGUUUCGGCUGUAAGUCAUAUGCGCUCAUUUGUUCCUGCCAUUUAUGACGUAACAGUGGCUAUCCCUAAGAGUUCACCUGCUCCAACAAUGCUAAGACUCUUACAGGGGAAACCUUCUGUGGUGCAAGUUCAUAUCAAGCGACAUUUGAUGAAUGAAUUGCCAGAAACAGAUGAAGCUGUUGCUCAGUGGUGUCGAGAUCUAUUUGUGGCCAAGGAUGCAUUAUUAGACAAACACAUAGCUGAGGAUACUUUCAGUGAUCAAGAACUGCAGGUUACUCGUCGACCAAUAAAGUCUCUUGUGGUAGCUCUAUCUUGGGCUUUUGUGGUUGUUGUGGGCAGCGUGAAGUUCCUACAAUGGUCUUCAAUGCUAUCAUCAUGGAAGGGUGUUGCAUUUUCAACUUUUGGUUUGGCAGUUGUUACUGGCCUCAUGCACAUCUUGGUUUUAUUCUCACAGGCGGAGCGUUCGAACCCGGCCAAGGUAGCCCCUGCAAAGCCAAAGAACAAGGGGGAACAACCUGAGGUUAUAAAUGACAAACAAGAGUAGAUUUAGACAUGUGUUGUUCAAAACCCAGAUCUUGCAUAGAUAGGAUUUUGGUGAACUUAAAGUUUGCAUUUAUGUGUUCACUAACUCACGUAAUACUUCUCAUUAUUUUACCUAUAAAAUCUACCCUGUGGUAUUGUAUUCUUAGGAUAAUAACUUUGUUUUGAUUAUCUAGGAUGGCCUGGAAAAAUUUAUACUUCAUCUCUUGUUUUUCAUUUGGAUAAUUUUGCUCUUCAACAGUACCGAAUUCACAAACCCUCUUUACUUUAA